AGCUGAUAGCAACACGCCGUACUAAAAAGGGUCACAAUAAAUCGUAAGCAAUGCGAGUUUCGGCAAAAUAUCUGUAAUCUUAACUUUGCUUUAAAUUGUUAUUAGUUAAAACGUUCUAUAUUAUAAAUACACAUAACAAGAAGCAGUACUACAAAUGUUUGUGCUCGCCGAAUUGAAGGAUACUAUACGCAUAGCGCCGGAUCAAUUUCAAUUGAAAUUGGUUGAAGCGAUACGCGACGAAAUCAACCGGAAGUUGGCCAAUAAGGUUCUACUAAAUCUCGGCCUCUGCAUUGCGCUCAAAGAUAUAGUCUCUUUGAAAGAUUCCAUAAUACUACCCGGUGAUGGCGCUUCACACACCGAAGUGCUAUUUCGUUACAUUGUCUUUCGACCAACCAUUGGCAGCAUACUCACUGGGAAAAUACGUAGUUGCAGUCGUGAAGGUGUACACGUGACCUUGGGUUUCUUCGACGAUAUACUGAUACCACCGUCAGCGUUACAACAUCCCUCCCGCUUUGAAGAAGCCGAACAAGCGUGGGUGUGGGAAUACCCGCUGGAAGAUGGUGCCAAGCAUGAUUUGUUUAUGGAUAUCGGUGAGCCUAUCAAAUUUCGUGUGUCGCGUGAAAUUUUCGAGGAAAGUUCACCCAUUGGACCGCCAAAAACAGAUCCACAGCAAGCAAGCACUUCAGCAGCGGCUACGGCGGCGGCAGCAGCGUCUUCGCAACAAACUGAAGUUAAAACGCCGUAUCGAAUAGUGGCUGCCAUCAAUGAAUCGGGUUUGGGCGUGUUGUCAUGGUGGGAUCAACAAAAUCAGGCUGCUGAGGAAGGUGACGAAAAUGAGGAUGAAGAUAAUGCGGAAUAUGAAAAUGACGAAGAUGGCGAAGGUGCCUAUGAAGAAUGAAAUAAAUAUUUUUAUACAAAGAAUAGCGUUUGAAUUUUCAAU